AUGGAUGUACCCUUCCAUCAAGACACAGUUAAACGAUUCUCUCAGACAAGCGGCCCAAGCCACAGGUGUUUGGCGAGCAGUCCAUUAGCUGGCACCUGUGGGCUGGCGAGCGGGCGAGCGGGCGAACUUUACGGCGCCUCCGUUCCCGCUGCCCGCUCCUCCGCGGUGCCCGCAGCCCACCCGACGCCCGGGCUGUGCGGGCGGCCUCCCGUCACCUACCGCCUCAAGACCCGGGAGGGUUUCCGGCGCGGCGUCGCGGCGCUCAGCCCAGACACGGCGGCCGAGCGCCCGGCUGCCGUCGGGGAACGGCUCCAGCCGCGCGUCGGCUCGCGGCCUGGGUCGCCGCGGCAGCGGGCAGGGGGCGGGGCGAGGGCGCGGGCCGGGGGCGGGGCCCCGGGGCCGGGACCGUUAAACCGGCGGCGCGCGCGUCCCCCCGGCAGGGCCUGGGGAGGGGGGGCGGUCCGCGGCGCGCGCGGGGCGAGCGAUCGAACGAUCGAGCGAGCGAGCGGGCGGGCGGGCGGCGACCUCAAGCAGGUGCGGACCGACGGACGGGCGGACGCGGUGGCCCUCGACCGAGCGCGCCCGCCUGGACAGCUCGCUCGGGACCCGCGUCCUCAGCACCACUGGCGCGGGACCUUUAGGCAGGCCGUCCGCGCUGCGUGGAGCCGGAGGGUGCGAGCCCGGCCGCCUCUGGGCUGGCAUCACUUCUACCUGGUACGUCUUCUCUGGAUUCCAGCUGUCGACAAGGAUGGUAGUGGAGAAAUGGUGUCCAUCCUGCAGGAAUAUAUAUUUUCACUGUAUCACUUUUCUGUUGCGGUGACAGUAAAAAUAAAUAAAUAAAAGUAUGAAAAACUAAA